CCUCGUUCUCGUACAUAGAGCAUCAUCCCUCGCUUCGUUUCCUUCCCAAACUCCACCAGUGAAGCUCGCCCAAUCUUCUCCCCUUUUCCGCAAACCCUAGGCUUUUGAUCCAUUGAUCCUUCUCUGGAUUCCAAUGCAUUGAGGCGCUGAUCGGUUUUGGGCGGCACUUUGAGUUCUCGCUGUGAAUGGCGGGCAGUGGUGGCCAGGGGGAGCUUGAGCCCGAGCUCAUUCGUGUCGGCCAGAGCCUGGCUUCCCUUCCUUCCGAUAUCAAUGAUAUUGUCGAUCUUCUCGAUGAAGCAGAUAAGUUGUUGGCAAGGGUGGAUCAAUUGCCAUCAGACUCUAUGGCUCUUGCCCUUUACCCUGUAAUGAAGGCGCUGAUUGGGAAAGAACUUGUAGGGCAUAUGGAGACUGAUGUUCGAAUGCGUGUUGGGUCUUGCUUAAGUGAAAUUACAAGAAUUACAGCACCAACGAAUCCUUACAAAGAUGAUUUGAUGAAAGAGAUAUUUCGGAUUAUUGUUGAUGGGAUUGGUGGAUUAGAUGAUACCUCAAGUCAAUUAUAUUCCAAGAGGGUUUAUAUGCUGCUAGUCCUUGCAAAGUAUAAGUCAUGUCUCAUGAUGUUGGAUCUCGAAUGCCAUGAACUGAUUCUGGAAAUGUUCUGCCACUUCUUGAAAACUAUAAGCUCAAAUCCUGCUAAGAACAUUUUCUCAGCAAUGGAGGCUGUCAUGACACUUAUUAUAGAGGAUAGUGAAAUUAUCUCCCCAGGGCUUCUUGACCACCUUCUAGCUUGUGUUAAAAAGGACCACAAGGGUCUAUCAUCUGAGGCAUGCAAAUUAGGGAAGAGAAUUAUUGCUAACUGUGCCAAACAGCUAAAGCCUCACUUGAUGCAAAAAGUCCAAUCCAUGAGUUUGCCUUUGAGUGAUUAUUGUAAAAUUUUGGCUGAUAUAUGCCAAGAUAAAUUUGUGAAUCUGAAGCAGAGUCAACUAACCGACUCCAACGAAUCUCUGGUCGAUCUUACUAGAUUGUCAGAAAGUACCAAUUCUUUCUCAGAAAGGACCCAUUCUGAUGAGCUGCCUCAGGCAUGCAAAAUAGGAUUUGAAGGAUUGUCAGAAGAAGCCUGCAGCGCUGAUCAUAUCUCUUCACGGUCAGAAACAAGAGGUACACAUGAUAUCUUGGAUUCAACUGGUGUGCGUUCACGGAAAGAAAAACGCAGAAAAGUGGUUUCUAGUGAUGAUCUUAAUGAUGAAAUUCAUCCCAAGAGAACUCGUUUGCGUGGAAUAAAAUUCGCUAGAAAGCCUGGUGAUGAGAUACUAACGGCUGAACGUCAUGCACCCUCCUUUGCAGGCAAAGGAUCUCUAGUAUCCAAUCAAAAUGGGGAAGAAGUCAAACCCUUGGUUGGCUUAAGUUCUAAAAGACUAGUUAAGGUCACUGAAGACUCAGAAGGAAAGCUACACAGACAUCAUGGCAGAAAAACAUCUGAAGCACCACAAAAUACGAUGGAAAUGAAUGAAAACCUUAUUGGAUUGAAAAUAAAAGUAUGGUGGCCAGAUGAUAACAGGUUCUAUGAAGGCAUGGUUGAAUCAUUUGAUCCUGUUUCAAGGAAGCAUAAGAUUGUAUAUUAUGAUGAUGAUGUUGAAAUUUUGUUGCUCAAGAAUGAACGCUGGGAAUUUGCUGAGGGUAUUGGGAAAAAGAAUGUGGGUGACCAAAAAUAUGCCAAGUGUGGAUGCUUCUCUGGACCGCCCGGUUAAGAAAAAGAAGAAACGAAGUUCAAAUCCUACACAAAUCCUAGAAAAUUCAGAUGCACGACCCAGGAGUGGAGGUGCAUCUGCUUCCAAAUCUGAACCCAACAAAAGUGAAAUCAUUAGCACAAGUCAUG